UGCCAAUAUUACAUUCUUCAAAAUCUUCAUAUCUGGUAGGUUAGUUAAGGUAGUUGUGCUUUUAAACCAACUUUGGAGCCACCUAUUAUUCUCCCUCCACUAUGUAUCUCUAUAAAAUUAUGUUCCCAUGCAUUCCUCAUUCCCAACCAUCAAACUCACACUCAUUUUUCUUCUGUACUCUUAAACACAUCAAAUCCUCUUCACUAUUCAAAUUCCCAGCUCACUAAACAGCCAAAACUUUUUAACAUAAACAUACAUGAAGCAUUUCACAUCUCUUUGCCGCCUAGCUGUGCUAUUUGCCGUGGCUAUGAUCAUGGCUGCACCGGCCUACGCCCAAAUCACAACGCCAUGUAACAUAUCAAUGAUAAGCAGUUCCAUCAGCCCUUGCAUGGGUUUCCUCACAAAUAGCAGCAGCAAUGGCACCUCGCCCACUGCUGAUUGCUGCAGUUCUAUCAAGACUCUCACAAGUGGAAGCAAAGAUUGUUUCUGUCUCGUUGUCACCGGCAACGUUCCUUUUACAUUACCAAUCAACAGAACCUUAGCUAUCUCUCUUCCUCGUGCUUGUAACUUGCCUGGUGUUCCACUUCAAUGCAAAACCUCAGGUUCACCACUUCCUGCCCCAGGACCGGCGUCUCUCGGGCCAUCUCUUUCCCCUGCAUCUGCUCCAUCUCUUAGUCCUCAAGGUUCUUCUAUACUCCCCUCACCGGUUACACCUUCUCAGUCACCACAGCCUGAGACAACUACUCCAUUAUCUCCGUCAGCGAAUCCUGAUAUCCCAUCUGCAACACCAGGAAGUGGCCGCUCUGAUCUGACUCCAUCAUCUGCUGGAUCAUCAUCUUACAGCCUCCUAUCAUCUGUUGUGGCCAUUGUAUUUGGAUUUGCUGUUUUUAAACACUGCUAGAUUUUAAUGUAGCAAAUCAAUAGGUUGUUGCAUUAUGUUGGCUUUAUUGCAGAGGGAUUUUGUUCAGGUUGUUUGGACCAACAUUGGGGGUGUGUAUUUAUCAAUUCCAAAGACAUUUUUAUUGUUAUAUAAUGUGUGUGUGCAUUGAAAAAUAAUUAAUUGUUUUACUUGGAUUCUUA